CGUAUAUCUGAAACAUAGUUAAUUAAGUGGUGAGUACCAUAGAUAAAAAUCGGUAAACGAGAUUGUGAUAAUAAAAAAAAUUCAAAUUUAAUAAAUUUAAUGACAAUUUUUUUUUAUCAUAAAUUAUUAUUUUAUAUCAGACAAACAUUUUAUAAACAUAUAAAAUAUUAAAUGUCACAAAUAGAUGCACAAAUAUUUAAUAAUUGGUUAUACAUUUUUAUACUAUUAAGCGAUGAAACACUGGACAUUUCAUAAAUUUACGUAUGUGUGUACAUAUUGUGUAAUGGCAUUUCAAUUCCCAAAUAAUUUAAUGUAAACACAAAAUAAAAGUGCUUACAAUGAUUAAUAAAAUUUUUAAAGUUUCAAGAACAUCUCAAUUACCAGCGUUGCUUGGCACCAUUCAAAGAAUAAAUUCAAAUCAUAUAUUUAAUUCAAAAAUUAGUUAUUUAUCUUCUCAGUUGAAAAAUAAGCAAAAUUUGGAUGAAUCAGCUGAAAAUAACGAAAAUUCUGAAGAUAUUCAUAAAGAAGAUGACUUAUUUGCUAAGGAAUUUCUUAAGAGGCAAAUAAAAUUGUCAUCAACUCAAAAAUAUAUUUUAAGUUUUGGAUCAUCUUUAGCAGCCUUAAUAGAUCCGACGCGACAUGAUAUGAUCGCUUGCCUUGGUGAAACAACUGGUGUAUCAGCGUUGCAAACUAUUUAUGAAAAUAUGAAUUCUUCUACUGAAGGAAAACUCAUUUUAAUAGAUAAACCAAGAAUUAAUACAAAAACUGUUAAUUUAAGUGAAUUGAAAAACUUAGCCGAGAAUACAUUUGGUAGAAAUUAUAUAAAAUUUUUGGAUGAUAAUAAAGUAACGCCUGAUUCACGCAUGGAUGUACGAUUUAUGGAUGAUCCAGAAUUAGCUUAUAUUAUGACAAGAUACCGAGAAUGUCAUGAUUUAAUUCAUACAAUUUUGGGAAUGCCAACGAAUAUGUUAGGAGAAGUAGCUGUUAAAUGGGUUGAAGCCUUGAAUACUGGUUUGCCAAUGUGCUACGGUGGUGCUGUAUUUGGUGCUAUACGUCUAAGACCAAAACAAAGGCAAAAAUAUUUAAGUGUAUAUUUACCAUGGGCGAUCUCUAAUGGAAAACGAUUAAAACCUUUACUAAAUGUAUAUUGGGAGAAAAGAUGGGAACAGGAUAUUGCUGAGUUAAGAAAAGAAUUAGGAAUACAAGUUUUAUAAAGCUAUGCAAAAUUUUCAAAUAAAUAUUGUUUUAUAAUUUACGAAAUAAAUUUAUUUUUAAAUUUAAUUUUUACCAACUAAAAUAAAAGUAUUAAAAA